GUGGGCUCUGAUCAAAACUCAUUUCCCUCUCCAUAUAUAUAACUCACAGUAGCAAAAGAGUCAUACACAACCCUAAAACUAAAAUAUUUCAUUUCAGCUGGAGAUAAUCUGAUACGAAUUAUUUCAGGCGUGUUUUCUCUCUUUACACUUCUAAAUGUUAUGUUAAUCUUCCAUUGUUAUUGUAGAAUGUAAAUGCUACUUUUUCCGAAUUGUUGUUCCGAUUAUUUGAUUGUUGUUGCCGAAAAUUUAGCAUUUAGAACAUACCUGCUUGUCAUUAUUGAUUGUUGUGGAAUUCAAGUUGCAGAUUAAUUAAUUAAUUGUUGUUGCCGGAUUGUUGUGGUAUUAUGGGGGCUUUUCUUGAUGCUUAUCUUAGAGAUGAUGGUGAACAAUAUUUUGAUGUGUUGGAUCAUCCUUCUAUGGCUCCUACUAGUUUGUUUAUUGAAAAGAAAGGGUACUCUGGAUUUAUGUCCAAUUUAUAAAUGGAAAGCGAGGCUACUACAUCAUCUAGAGUGGAAUUUAGAGUGGAGCUGGAGCAAGAUAGUUAUAAUGAAUAUGCACCCCGAAAUAAGCGGAAGAAGAAGCUAUCUAAGGUAUGGCUUGAGUAUAAUGAAGAAGUAAAUGACAAUGGUGUAGGAAUCACAAAUUGUAGGCAUUGCAAAAUUAAUUUUGUUUGUGGCCUAUCUAAAGGGAGAUCACAUUUAAAGUGUCAUUUGUUACAAUAUUGUCCGAAAAUACCUAAUGGACCAAUUGGGGAGGUAUUGAUUGAUGAUAAUAAUGACAUAAGGGAAUUUGUCUUUGAUCUGAAAACACUUAGAGCAGAAAUUUUGAAUUCUAUUUUUGAAGGAGAUCACUCAUUUUCAACUGUGGAAGAAAAUGGUUUUAGAAGAAUGAUGGCUAGAGCUAAUCCUAAAUUCGAGUUAUUUUGCCGAACUAUUAUUACUAGGGAUCUUUAAUCUGAAUAUUAUUGUUAUAAGGGAAAAAUUGCAAUGCAUGUUGGUAAAUGCUCCUGCACUUAGUAGUUUAACAACGGAUUUGUGGGAUUCGAAACAUAGUUGGCAACAUUAUAUGUGUAUUACGGCUCAUUUUAUUGAUAAGAAUUGGAAGUUACAAAAAAGAAUCCUUAGGUUUCAAGCCAUUUCUCCUCCACAUGAUGCUGAAAAUUUUUUUGAUGAAAUAUUUAUGUUUUUAAAUCAAUGGAAAAUUGAUCAUAAAAUUCUUAGUUUUACUGUUGAUAAUGCUACAUAUAAUGAUGCUUUGAUAUCUAGUUUAAAAGCUAGACUUUCAAUGAGAGGGAUGUUGCCUUUUGGUAGAUCAUUGUUUUAUGUAAGAUGUUGUGCACAUGUGAUUAAUUUGAUUGUCUAAACUGAAUUAGAGCCUUUAGGAGAUAUUUUGGAAAAUGUUCGAAAAUUGGUCAAAAAGAUUUCAAAAUCAUCUAACUUAAGUAAAAUCUUUUUUGAGGUUGCUCAAAAAAACUUUCAUCUUGAUGUGAAGAGGAAACUUAAUAUUGACAUGAAAGUAUACGUUGGAUUUCAACCUUUAAGAGGAUUGAUAAUGCUUUAUUUUAUAAGGAUGUUCUUAUUCAUUUAGGGUUAAAGUAUGCUUCUAUUAAGAUUUAUGUGCCAUCAGAUAGUGAAUGGGAAAGGUUAGUGGCUAUUCAUAAGUUUUUGAAAAUAUUUUAUGACGUGACAUUCAUGUUUUCAGCUGUCAAAACCCCAACAUCAAAUUUGUAUUUUAAGUGAGCUUGGUUAAUUCAUUGUCAUUUACUUGGGACAAAAAGUGGCCCCAUGCAUUUUUGUCAUCUAUUGUGGAUCAAUGUUAAACAAAUUUGACAAGUAUUGGAAGGAAUAUAAUUUGCAGUUGUCUUGUGCGGCUAUAUUGGAUCCUCGAUUUAAGUUGAAAUUUGUAGAGUUUUGUUUAGUUAAAGUGUUUGGGGAAGAGGAAGGUAUGGUCUGAUUUACUAAAGUAUUAGAUACUUUGAGAUCAUUAUUGAGGCUUAUAAGUUACGGGCUUCCACUUCUCCUGUAGUUCCUACCCCUCCUUUAUAUAGUGGAUUUGAUAAUUUACUUGAUGAUUAUGAAAGUUAUACUUCACUAUCUUGCAAUACUAGAACUAGAAAAUCACUGUUGGACUCAUAUCUUGAAGAGGAUCAACUUAAUGUCAAUAUGGAUUUAGUUGUGUUGGAAAAGUGCAAAAAGAUAUCCAGAGUGAGCACUAUUAGCAUGAGAUUUGGUUACCAUUCCGGUUAGCUCAGUGGCUUUAGAAUCUACAUUUAAUCUUGGGGAGAAGACUAUUUUGCCGAAUCAUAGUUCUUUAAAGUCCAAAACUGUACUAGCUCUAGUUAGUUUGCAAGAUUGGCGUCGUGCUGAAUAUGACAUUCCUAUGGACUUAGAAUAUGAUUCGAAAUCAUGUGAAGAAAAAAUUAAGGAAAUUAAUGUUGAAAAUGAGGAUUCUAGCUCUUUCAUUUUACGUAAUCAUGUUUUUUUAGCAUAAAUUUUGUUUUUGUUUAUAUAGACUUGAAAUAAUGCUUCGUAUAUUGUGUUCU